AUGCCAACAAUUCGCUUCAACUUCAAUCAACAACUGCGAUUCCGCCGCGGCGAUCUGGUGGAGGUGGCGAGCUCGCAGGAAGGAUUCGUCGGUUCCUACUUCGAGGCGACGGUGGUGGCCGAUCUGGCGAAGGACGGUUACCUGGUGCAGUACCGCACUCUGCUGAAGGAGGAUUUGUCGGGGCCGCUGCGGGAGGUGGCGAGCGCGGCGGAGGUCCGGCCGAGGCCGCCGCCGGAUCUGGCGGAGAGGUACCGGAUGAACGAUGUGGUGGACGCGUUCGACAAGGAGGGGUGGUGGUGGGGGAGGAUCACCGGCAGAAGAGGAGACAGUUAUUCGGUGUUCUUCGAGACCACCGGAGAUGAGAUUUUUUAUCAUAAGAAUCUGCUCAGGACUCAUCAGGAAUGGACCAAUGGCAGAUGGAGUUUAGCAAUGUUGAUUCCGAUUGCUUAA